GGGGCGACUCUGGCCGGGGCUGGUCGUGCUCGCGGUCGCCGCGGCGGGCUGUGCCCGGGCGGCCAUGGACGAGUGCACGGACGAGGGCGGGCGGCCGCAGCGCUGCAUGCCGGAGUUCGUCAACGCCGCCUUCAACGUGACCGUGGUGGCCACCAACACGUGCGGGACUCCGCCCGAGGAGUACUGUGUGCAGACCGGGGUGACCGGCGUGACCAAGUCCUGUCACUUGUGCGACGCCGGGCAGCCCCACCUGCAGCACGGGGCAGCCUUCCUGACCGACUACAACAAUCAAGCCGACACCACCUGGUGGCAAAGCCAGACCAUGCUGUCCGGGGUGCAGUACCCCAGCUCCAUCAACCUCACGCUGCACCUGGGAAAAGCAUUUGACAUCACCUAUGUGCGCCUGAAGUUCCACACCAGCCGCCCGGAGAGCUUCGCCAUCUACAAGCGCACUCGGGAGGACGGACCCUGGAUACCUUACCAGUACUACAGCGGCUCCUGCGAGAACACCUACUCCAAGGCCAACCGCGGCUUCAUCAGGACCGGAGAGGAGGAGCAGCAGGCCUUGUGCACUGAUGAAUUCAGUGACAUUUCCCCCCUCACCGGGGGCAAUGUGGCUUUCUCAACCCUGGAAGGCAGGCCCAGCGCCUACAACUUCGACCACAGCCCUGUGCUGCAGGAAUGGGUAACGGCCACUGACAUCAGAGUAACUCUGAAUCGCCUGAACACUUUCGGAGAUGAAGUGUUUAAUGACCCCAAAGUCCUCAAGUCCUAUUAUUAUGCAAUUUCUGAUUUUGCUGUAGGUGGCAGGUGUAAAUGCAAUGGACAUGCCAGCGAGUGUGUGAAGAACGAGUUUGGCAAGCUGGUGUGUAACUGCAAACACAACACAUAUGGAGUAGACUGUGAAAAGUGCCUUCCUUUCUUCAAUGACCGGCCAUGGAGGAGGGCAACUGCUCAGAGCCCCAGCGAAUGCUUGCCCUGUGACUGCAAUGGCCGAUCACAGGAGUGCUACUUUGACCCUGAGCUGUACCGUUCCACUGGCCAUGGCGGCCACUGUACCAACUGCCGGGAUAACACAGACGGUGCUAACUGUGAGAGGUGCCGGGAGAACUUCUUCCGCCUUGGGAACAGAGAAGCCUGCUCUCCAUGCCACUGCAGUCCCGUUGGCUCUCUCAGCACACAGUGUGAUAGUUACGGCAGAUGCAGCUGUAAGCCAGGAGUGAUGGGUGACAAGUGUGACCGGUGCCAGCCUGGAUUCCAUUCUCUCACCGAGGCAGGGUGCAGGCCAUGCUCCUGUAACCCUUCCGGCAGCACAGACGAAUGUAAUGUUGAAACAGGAAGAUGUGUUUGCAAAGACAAUGUCGAAGGCUUCAGUUGUGAGAGAUGCAAACCUGGAUUUUUUAAUUUGGAAUCAUCCAAUCCUAGGGGUUGCACACCCUGCUUCUGCUUUGGGCAUUCUUCUGUCUGUACAAAUGCAGUUGGCUACAGUGCUUAUGAUGUAUCCUCUACCUUUCAGAUUGAUGAGGAUGGGUGGCGUGUGGAGCAGAGAGACGGCUCUGAGGCAUCUCUAGAGUGGUCCUCUGAGAGGCAGGAUAUCUCUGUGAUCUCCGAUAGCUACUUCCCUAGGUACUUCGUUGCCCCUGCCAAGUUCCUGGGCAACCAGGUGUUGAGUUACGGUCAGAACCUCUCCUUCUCCUUUCGAGUGGACAGACGAGACACACGCCUCUCCGCAGAAGACCUCUUGCUGGAGGGAGCUGGCCUGAGAGUGUCAGUGCCCUUGAUUGCUCAGGGCAAUUCCUACCCCAGUGAGACCACGGUGAAGUAUGUCUUCAGGCUCCACGAAGCAACAGAUUACCCAUGGAGGCCUACACUUACCCCUUUUGAAUUUCAGAAGCUCCUAAACAACUUGACUUCUAUCAAGAUCCGGGGGACAUACAGCGAGAGAAGCGCUGGAUAUUUGGAUGAUGUCACCCUGGCAAGUGCUCAUCCUGGGCCUGGGGUCCCCGCAACCUGGGUGGAGUCCUGCACCUGCCCGGUGGGAUACGGGGGGCAGUUUUGCGAGAUAUGCCUCCCGGGUUACAGAAGGGAAACCCCAAGCCUUGGACCAUACAGUCCUUGUGUGCUUUGUACCUGUAACGGACACAGUGAGACCUGUGACCCCGAAACAGGCGUGUGCGACUGCAGAGACAACACGGCGGGUCCCCACUGUGAGAAGUGUAGUGACGGCUACUAUGGAGACUCAACCGGGGGCUCCUCCUCUGACUGCCAGCCCUGUCCAUGUCCUGGGGGCUCAAGCUGUGCUGUUGUCCCCAAGACGAGGGAGGUGGUGUGCACCAACUGUCCAGUGGGCACCACUGGUAAGAGAUGUGAGCUCUGUGAUGAUGGCUACUUUGGAGACCCCCAGGGUAACAGUGGCCCUGUGAGGCUCUGCCGCCCGUGCCAGUGCAAUGACAACAUCGACCCCAAUGCAGUGGGAAACUGCAAUCGCUUGACAGGAGAGUGCCUGAAAUGCAUCUAUAACACUGCUGGCUUCUAUUGUGAUCGGUGCAAGGAUGGGUUUUUUGGAAAUCCCUUGGCUCCCAAUCCAGCAGACAAAUGCAAAGCCUGCAAUUGUAACCCCUACGGGACGGUGAAGCAGCAGAGGAGCUGCAACCCUGUGACCGGGCAGUGCGAGUGCCUGCCUCACGUGUCCGGCCGGGACUGCGGCGCUUGUGACCCUGGCUUCUACAACCUACAGAGUGGGCAAGGCUGUGAGAGGUGUGACUGCCAUCCCUUGGGUUCCACCAACGGGCAGUGUGACAUCCGUACCGGCCAGUGUGAGUGCCAGCCUGGCAUCACCGGGCAGCACUGUGAGCGCUGUGAGGUCAACCACUUUGGGUUUGGACCUGAAGGCUGCAAACCUUGUGACUGUCAUCCUGAGGGGUCUGUUUCACUCCAGUGCAAAGACGAUGGUCGCUGUGAGUGCAGAGAAGGCUUUGUGGGAAACCGCUGUGACCAGUGUGAAGAGAACUAUUUCUAUAACCGGUCUUGGCCUGGCUGCCAGGAGUGUCCAGCUUGUUACCGACUGGUAAAGGAUAAGGUUGCUGAGCAUCGAGUGAAACUCCAAGAAUUAGAGAGCCUCAUAGCAAACCUUGGAACAGGGGAUGAGAUGGUGACAGAUCAAGCCUUUGAGGAUAGACUAAAGGAAGCAGAGAGAGAGGUCACGGACCUCCUUCGUGAGGCCGAGGGUGUCAAAGAUGUAGACCAAAAUUUGAUGAGUCGACUUCAGAGAGUAAAUAACACCCUGUACAGCCAGAUUAGCCGUUUACAGAAUAUCCGGAAUACCAUCGAGGACACUGGGAGCUUGGCUGAGCAGGCGCGUGCCCGAGUAGAGAGCACAGAGCAGCUGAUCGAAAUCGCUUCCAGAGAACUCGAGAAAGCCAGAGUCGCUGUUGCCAACGUGUCCAUCACUCAGCCAGAGUCAACGGGGGACCCAAACAACAUGACUCUCCUGGCGGAGGAGGCCCGAAAGCUCGCUGAACGCCAUAAACAAGAAGCUGAUGACAUUGUACGAGUGGCAAAGACAGCCAAUGACACAUCAACGGAGGCAUACAAUCUACUUUUGAGGACUCUGGCAGGAGAAAAUCAAACAGCAUUUGAGAUUGAAGAGCUUAAUAGGAAGUAUGAACAAGCAAAGAACAUCUCGGAGGAUCUAGAAAAGCAAGCUGCCCGCGUCCAUGAGGAGGCCAAGCGGGCUGGUGACAAGGCUGUGGAGAUCUAUGCCAGUGUGGCUCAGCUGGCCCCUGUGGACUCAGAGGCACUGGAGAAUGAAGCAAAUAAGAUAAAGAAAGAAGCUGCGGAUCUGGAUCGUCUGAUUGAUGAGAAGUUAAAGGAUUAUGAGGACCUCAGGGAAGACAUGAGCGGGAAGGAAUUGGAAGUGAAGAAGCUUCUGGAGAGUGGAAAAGUUGAACAGCAGACGGCCGAUCAACUCCUGGCCCGCGCUGACGCCGCCAAGGCUCUUGCUGAGGAAGCUGCUAAAAAGGGACGAAAUACCUUACAGGAAGCCAGUGACAUUCUCAACAACCUGAAAGAUUUUGAUAGACGUGUGAACGAUAACAAGACCGCUGCAGAGGAGGCGCUGAGCAGGAUCCCCGCCAUCGACCAGACCAUUGCUGAAGCUCUUGAGAAGACGCAGGAGGCACGGCAGGCGCUGGGCAGCGCCGCGGCGGAUGCCACGGAGGCCAAGAACAAGGCCCACGAGGCAGAGAGGAUCGCCAGCGCCGUCCAGAAGAAUGCUACCAGCACCAAGGCAGAGGCAGAACAGACCUUUGCAGAAGUUACCGAUCUGGAUAACGAGGUGAACGCCAUGUUGAGACAGCUGCAGGAAGCAGAGGGAGAGCUGAGAAGAAAGCAGGACGACGCGGACCAGGACAUGAUGAUGGCGGGGAUGGCAUCACAGGCUGCUCAGGAAGCUGAGAUCAAUGCCAGAAAGGCCAAAAACUCUGUCAACAGCCUUCUCAGCAUGAUUAAUGACCUCUUAGAACAGCUGGGGCAGCUGGACACAGUGGACCUGAACAAGAUAAAUGAGAUUGAAGGGUCCCUGAGCAAAGCCAAGGAUGAAAUGAAGGUCAGUGAUCUUGAUAGGAAAGUGUCAGACCUGGAAAAUGAAGCCAAGAAGCAGGAGGCUGCCAUUAUGGACUAUAACCGAGAUAUUGAGGAGAUCAUGAAGGACAUUCGCAACCUGGAGGACAUCAAGAAGACCUUACCAUCCGGCUGUUUCAACACCCCGUCCAUCGAGAAGCCCUAGCCUUGGGAGAGCCGGAAGGCUGCAUCCCCUGACAGGGGGGCACUUGUGAAACCGCAGAGUGCCUUGACACAAAGAUGACAUUUUUUCAGACCCCCACUUCUCUGCUGCUCUCCAUCACUGUCCUUUCGAACCAGGAAAAGUCACAGAGUUUAAAGAGAAGCAAGUUACACAUCCUGAACCGGGAACAAAGGGUUUUAUCUAUAAUAAAGUCUCUCUUCCACUAAUGUCGCUACCUUACCCACACUAUCCCUCCUGACUUGUGUGAGGACGUGGCAUCCUGCAGUGGCGUAAACGCUUCACGGGGACCUGCACAUGCCAGGGCAGCGCAGGCAGUCCGCCCCUCUCGCAUCAACACCAGCAGAACUGCCUCAGUCUCAGUACCCUUGUUUCUAUGAAGGAAAAUUUUGGCUACUGAUCGUAGCGUUGUGCUGGCCAGUAUACCCAGCCCAUGGAUAAAGAAAAUGCGCCUGCAUCUUCUGCCCUCCUCCUUUUAAGCAAAAGGAAGUAAACACCCUGUGCCAAAGGUACUGGUCAUUAGAAUGUCAGUAGCCAUCUGUCAGUCGUGCUAGCUGUUUUGAGUUUAGGACACUGAACCAGAGCCGCGGGUAAGAAUGCAGUUAUGUAUGAGAGUCUCCAGGAGAACCUGGCAGAAGUCAACUGAAGAUGUUCUCAUAUAUUAACCAUUGACUAGGAAGAUGAACUUUUUUCAGAUCUUUGGGCAGCUGACAAUUUAAAUCUGGAUGGGCAGCUUGCACUCAACACUAGACCUGUAGAUAUCUUUUAAUAUUCUGAUAAAUGGAAGUUACACAGAAGAAACAACAGGGGUGUGAUAACCACUAAAGUUUUUUCCAACAUCGAACUAAUUUUUGGCUGUUUUUUUUUUUUAAGUAUUUUAGCCUUGGAGCUAGUAUUAAAUAUCUGUGAGGGAACAGUUGUUCCCUAAGACCUGGACAAACAAAAACAAAUGUUGUCCCAGUCUUCUAACAAAGGGGUUGCACAGAUGCAAGCUGUAGUGUCAGGAUCUCAUGCAGGCCUUUUUCCCGUCUGUUGUCGAGAGAGAAACAUUUGACCCUGAGCUGCAGUUUUCUUCUGAUGUUUCCAUCUUGUGAAAUUCCUCACACACGUCGUUUGCCAAGUCCUGGUGACAAACGCUUGCACUCAGUAUUCCACACAGCUGCCGACACCACCUAGUCCCUGCACUUUGUGAAUCGAGCCUCUCUAACCCUCCCUCCACACAGAGAAGAAACUUUCGUGGAGUUUCCUAGUGGGCUUCUCAACCUUUAGUCCUCAGCUCUGUGGUUUUCUUGUAAGACCACAGUGUGACAGAUCCCUGCCACACACCCCCUUUCCUCUGCCAACCUGCCUUUGAGAUUCAUAUAUAGCCUUUAACACUAUGCAACUUUGUACUUUGCGUAGCGGGGGAAAGAAACUAUUAUCUGACACACUGGUGCUAUUAAUUAUUUCAAAUUUAUAUUUUUGUGUGAAUGGUUUUUUUGUUUUGUUUAUCAUGAUUAUAGAGUAAGGAAUUUAUGUAAAUAUACUUGCUCCUAUUUCUAAAAUGGCACUCUCUGUUCACUUCUUUGCUUGGUCUCCCCUCUUCACUGGCACGGUAUACCUCUGUACCUCCUUCCCUUCCAUCUAGAACUCUGGGUCGCAUCGCUUCUACUGUACUUUGCUCUCUGCCUUGUGUUCGCAGCAUGUCCACCGUCUAACAUGAGUAUCAACCUGCUUUCCUCCUUACCCCAACUCAGGACGUCUUUGGCUGCAGUCCUCAUGACCCUAAGCCGCAGCCCCACGUUACUUAUAAUGCCUGUGCCAGAGCGGGAAUGCCAACUUGACAGGGUACAGCAUGAUCAGGAGAGUUUGCCAAGGGGCUCUUUGACACCACUGUGGCUCUAGCCAGGAACGAGCUGGAAAUGCCCUUUCUGGGAAUUCGUUAAGCCAGUUUCAUAAGGGAGUGUGGCGUGCCUUAGCACUUUGGGGGCAUCAGGAGUAGUGCUACUGCUGGAGAGACAGGGAGAGGUGGUGUACACAGCUGUGGAUGUCCUUGAGGUGCACCACAGUUCACCACAGAAGUUUUGACCUGGCAUACCCUUAGAUUUUCACUUACUCCUCUCAUGCCUCUUGUAUUCUCACAGGAGGUGUGGCUCUUCCUUGCCAAGUUUUACAUUGAUGUUUCCAGGCUAGUUCCUUUCAUUAAGUGGCCAUAUCCUAACAUGCAUUUUGGUCCCAGUUGCAGGAAAACGAUUAAAAAUAGACUGCCAGGGGUGUUUGAGCAAAUCUUAGUCUCUGGUGGGGCUUUUUUAUUUUUAUUUUUAUUUUUUUUCUUUUUUACUCCAUCUAUGUGGUAUAUUUUAAAACAGAAUUCUAUUUUUAAAAUGAAAAUUCUUUACUAAAUGAUGCCUUAACUACAGUCCUGCAGUUACCUGUAUUUUAUGUGAUAAAAUUGACAGAAUGGCUGCUGCAGAAUGCUGGGUGUCACAGGGAAUAGAUGCUGUUACUUUUCCCUGGAGUUUUUCCUUUUGAUUCCAACUGUGGCCCUUUUAUAUGUGCCUUCACUUUAGCUGUUUGCCUUAACCUCUGCAGUCUUGCUCUCCAGGGUGUUUAAUAAAAUGCAACACUUGGCAUUUUUUAUGUUUAAAAAAAAACAGUAUUUUAUUUAUAAUAAAAUCUGAAUAUUUGUAACCCUCUA